CAUUAUCAUUAUUAUUCCUCCCUCCAAACAGUUGUUAAUUGUGACUAAAUGUUUUAAAUCUUAAUGUUACAGACAUUCAGUGCUGGUGAGAUUCUGCCAGUUUUCCCUCCACCCUCUAGGAAACAGACGUUCAGACCUCUGGUGGGGAAGGCUACUCUGGGAUCCAUCACGGCUGUAGAGUUCUUCUCUGACAGACAACUGGACUUCCUGUCUGACCACGGAGCAUACCAGCCCUACCAGGAGGAAGUGGACAGUUUGAGUCCUGUUCUCAGGGACAACCCUCAGCUUCAUGAAGAGGUCCGGUUCUGGCUCAAAGAUCAAAAAGGUUCAGGACAUUUUUUGCAAGGUAAGAAACACUGA